AGUUGUCAAAUAAGGAGCAUCGCUUCUCCGCAUGUUUAUUUUACUUUUGUUAUUCGUUUAAAAAGCAACAAAAAUAGAGCUCUCAGCGUUCCAUUUCAAAUAAUAGAAGUCUCGUUUAUGCAGAUUGCAGUGCAUAUCUAGUUGAGAUUCGUUUUAAAAUUAUAUUUAUUUUGAUUUGUUGACUGAUUUCAAUGGACAAGGAGGAGGUCCUGAAGCACGUGGGCAAGGUGGUCAGGGCCCUGAUCACUUCCGCCAAGCCGCCGGUCGAAUUGCGGUCCAUAGUAAGGGAUUACGUGGCCAUCGAGGGCGAGCCAAUACCCUUUCGCCAAUUUGGUUACAACAGCCCACAGCAGAUGCUCCAGGACACGCAGGAGUUCAACUUUCAAAAUUACGGCAAAGAGAUCAUCAUCACCGCAAGGUAUAACGCCAAAACCGAGCACAUUGCGUCUAUGGUGCGCCAGCAAAAGAGCAGCAAGACAAAGGCACUUAGAAAGCCAUCGCCAGCGGUUCCGAGAGAACUACUUUUCCAUAGGAGCAAUCAGCAGAAUUACCAAGCUCAUGCUCAGCAGAACCAGCACAACCAACAGUACCAGCAGUAUCACCGACAACAGCAGCAGCAGCAUCAGUAUCGGCAACAGCAGGGGUACUGGCCAUCAGCUGCACAGCAAUACCAUCAAGCUCCUCAAAUUAAUUGGGCACAACAGCAGGAGCUGCACAGGGAACAAGAAAGGAGGCAGGAAGAGGAGCUGCGGCGGAACAAGGAGCGUGUGCUGCAGGAAAAGGCCAAGCGGGAAAAAGAGCUAAGGGAACAAGAACUGAGAAAGGAGAUCAACAAGGAGCUGCAGGCGGAGCUAAAAAAGGAGCAGGAAAGGUUCAGAAAAGAGUUGCAGAUACGGCUCGAUAUUCAUUUGCAGGACUGCAAAAGGCAGCAGGACCAGGAGCUCAAAAAGCGAACGGAAGAUUUGGAAAAUCUUAAGCAGAAAUUCCAUCGAAAGGAGCAGGAGCAAAAGAAAAGGAAGCUGAACUUAAGGACAAGGAGCGGAAAAUUUUGCGGGAUCAGGAAAACUUGA